AUGGCUGAAGCUUCUCUGCUAGCUACCCGUGACGACCGCAGCGCGAUUCAGGAGUUUCGCAGCCUAUGUAGCUACGAUACAUGUCCUCUCGAGAUGUCGUAUUGGGGAUACCGACCAUCUUUGGUUGCGAAUCUCGCGUUCCUGCUUUUGUUUGGGCUAUCUACUCUGGCGUACAUAGGUCAAGGAUUCCUUAACAAAGCAUGGCUCGGGUUUACGAUCGCUAUGGUGUGUGGAUGUGCACUCGAGGUAGUCGGCUACGUCGGUCGAGUGCUCGCGUGGUUUGACGGGUUUACUGAGAAUCCAUUCUUGAUCCAGAUUAUCUGCCUCACGAUCGCGCCUGCCUUCCUUGCAGCUGGUGUCUAUCUCUGCCUCUCUCGCAUCGUCAGCACAUUCGGUACCGAAAACUCACGAAUCAAGCCACUAUCGUACCCGCGUAUCUUCAUUCCAUGCGACAUCGCCUCUCUGGUUUUGCAAGCUCUUGGUGGAGGCAUUGCUAGUGCGAAGACUCAUCAGAACGAAAAUCCAACCCUCGGAAAUAACAUCAUGAUCGCAGGACUUGCCUUCCAGGUCCUGACGUUGUUUAUUUUCAUCGUCCUGGCUCUCGACUUUGCGACUCGCACUAUAGGCCGCAUACGCAAACUUGGUCAGAACGCGUUGGACCCUAGACACGCAAAGCUGCGCGAUUCAUGGCAGUUCAAAGGGUUUAUUAUCGCUCUUUCCUUUGCGACGCUAUGUAUCUUCACACGAUGUGUGUACAGGGUCGCAGAACUGAGUGAAGGAUGGAAUGGACACCUGAUCAAGACCCAAAGGUACUUUAUUGGGCUCGAGGGUGCAGUAAUUAUAGUAGCAGUCCUGUCGUUAAACAUAUUCCAUCCUGGAUUGUGUUUUAAAGGAGCACUUGAUACAGGGACAGAAGCAAAGGGAAAAAGCAAGAAGACGUGGUAUGGGAAGAGGAGCUCAGAGUCCACCGCAUACCGAUCAGGCAAUGCUCGUAAAAGGCUUACCACGUGUCUUUGUAUGAUCCUUGUUUGUUUGUCAAACGGAAGCACAAAACCGUGCGGGUGGCUACAGAGUUUCCUAGCUUGUCUUUGCGAAAGUCAAACAGUACUGCAGCCUAAAAUAGGAGGCCUUGCACACCUACGUACCUUCGCACCCUCUCUCAACAGCGUACCAAACGCCCUUGAUCAUUUUGGAGCGCCUCCCAAAAGCGCUUCCUACCCUCUGCAACAGUGCCUAACAUACGAAGAAUCGCACAGUACAAGCCUCGCAACCACUCCAACAACCGUUCGACACACCAACAUGAACCAAGCAGAAGACGUCGAAGUCAUACUUGGCCACAAGCGCCGCUACAAGUUCCACUCUGGCACGCUCGCGAGGAACUCCACGCUGUUUGCUGAGAUGCUGUGCGAACGUAAUGCGGCAAGGUUGAGCAGCCGCGCAAAGAACGCUGGCGUAAAGAUCCGUUGGAUGAUUGAGCUGACAGAGCUGCCCAACGAGCGCAACCCUGCCGGCUAUCUUGAUCUGGUGGAGCUUACCCCUACGGGCGAGCGCGCAGAUGGCCGUACAGGCAUAGUUGUAAAUGAGAACGGACGCGUCCCUCUAGCUGACCAAGCCUUCCAAAACUAUGAGUCGAUACUGUACGCUUUCUAUAACAAGGAGCUCACUAUCGAUGAUGCGGAUAUGAGCGCUGCUCUCUCUGACUGCUAUCAACUGCUCCACAUCUCGGAUUACCUUGGUUGUACCGGCCUGAUCUCUAAGCCGAUUGAGGUCGCCCUCUUCAAGCAUGGCCAGGAUCUGUUCCGUGCGAUACAGGGCGUACCGUAUGCCUGGAUUGAGAUGGCGAACCGCAUUCGCAGCGAGAUGAUCUUCAAGGAAUGCAUCAUACAUCUCGUGGGUGACUGGAAGAACCUCAAGACUAAUGCCAACAUCACCGAACGUCUCCGCGAGGUGCCAACGUCGCGUGCACUGGUCGAGAAGUACCACCGAGCCCUUUCCGACAAGGCCAAAGCCCUGGAGCUCGGUAUUCUUUCGCACUAUCCACAAGCCUUGCGUUUACCUUCGGAAGAUCUGCCUAUCAAGCGCGAAUCAUACGCAAAGGAUAUCCUGGUCUGGAUGGCGCUUACCUUCUUCCGCCACUGGGUUUCUCAGCGACUUGUGACGGGACACGGGCGCGACGCGUCAGACUGUGGCUACGAUCUCUAUUCCGCGCUCGGCGCGGGUGGCGACGCAUACAUGGAUAAGUCGGUCAUUAAUCAGUUUCACACACGCUUUCCCGUGACCAAGAAGGGCAUGAACGUGCUGGAAAACCACCUCUUCGAGAUCAAGGAAUGCAUCAAGAAGGUCGUUGAUGACAGCAAGAUAUUGAGGAGCCAGAGCCAGCUCGACGUGAAUCGAUUCCCAGUCAAGUAUCUGACGUGUACGGAGUUUGCUAGAGAAGACUAUCCUUGGUUGAAGGAGGAUAGGGAGGCACGAGUGGCGCCUCCGAAGAGGGCGUACAAGCCGGGUGGAAACGAGAUUGCGAGACAGAACCUAGAAACCACGAAGAGGUAUCAAAGGAGCCCGAGUGCUGAGGGACAAGAUGAGGUGGAAUACGAUGACGAGGAGGAGAUGGUGCCGCAGCACGAGAGCCAGAACAAACGCAUGCGGUACGAAUCGCUCUGA